AAAGAUGCUGUUUUUCGCUCCGGACGGUAGCGGCGGCGGUGGCCACAGAUCCACCCAUCCUUAAAAAACAGUCGUCGCCCCAGUCGGUCCACUCCCCCGCGCAAGCGAGAUCGAGAGGACGGACAGGCCAGGAGGCGCCAUGGCGAAGCAGAAGCAGCAGCAGCCCAAGCCCGCCGCCGACGCCGCGCCGCCGCCCCGGGAGUUCAAGACGGCGCACUCGCCCUGGUUCACCUACGCCUCCAUGGUCACGCUCUUCUCCCUCUGUCCGCCAUUCGUCAUCCUCCUGUGGUACACGGUGGUGCACGCGGACGGAUCGGUGGCGCGCACCUACGAGCACCUCCGCGACCACGGGAUCCUGGAGGGGCUCAAGGCCAUCUGGCCCAUGCCCACCGUGCUCGCCGGGAAGAUCAUCCUCGCCUUCGCUCUCUUCGAGGCCGCCCUGCAGCUGCUCCUUCCCGGGAAGCGCUUCGAGGGGCCCAUCUCGCCCGCCGGGAAUGUGCCCGUCUACAAGGCAAAUGGCUUACUAGCAUAUGCAGUGACUUUGGUCACCUACCUAAGCCUGUGGUGGUUUGGAAUAUUUAACCCUGCAAUAGUAUAUGAUCACCUGGGAGAGAUAUACUCGGCUCUGGUCUUUGGAAGCCUUGUGUUCUGUUUAUGCCUGUACAUAAAGGGUCAUGUAGCACCAUCUUCAUCUGAUUCUGGAUCCUCAGGGAAUGCGUUCAUUGAUUUCUACUGGGGAAUGGAACUGUAUCCUCGGAUUGGUAAGCACUUCGAUAUCAAAGUCUUCACAAACUGCCGUUUUGGGAUGAUGUCCUGGGCUGUUCUUGCCGUCACCUACUGCAUAAAGCAGUAUGAAAUGAAUGGCCGAGUUGCAGACUCCAUGCUUGUGAAUACUGCACUGAUGUUGAUCUAUAUCACAAAGUUUUUCUGGUGGGAGUCUGGAUAUUGGUGUACUAUGGACAUUGCGCAUGAUAGAGCUGGUUUCUACAUUUGCUGGGGAUGCUUAGUAUGGGUUCCAUCAACUUACACCUCUCCUGGAAUGUACCUUGUCAAUCAUCCUGUGAAUUUGGGUCCCCAGCUAGCAAUCUCGAUUCUCCUCGCUGGAAUAUUGUGCAUAUACAUAAACUAUGACUGUGAUCGUCAGCGCCAAGAAUUUCGCCGGACAAAUGGGAAAGCCUCAGUCUGGGGAAAAGCCCCGUCAAAGAUUGUUGCUUCCUAUCAGACCACAAAAGGAGAAACGAAAACCAGUCUUCUCUUGACUUCUGGAUGGUGGGGCUUUUCUCGUCACUUUCACUAUGUCCCAGAGAUACUGGCAGCAUUUUUCUGGAGCGUUCCAGCUCUUUUUGAUCAUUUUCUGCCAUACUUCUAUGUGCUACAUCUAACCAUUCUACUGCUUGACCGAGCAAAGAGGGAUGAUGACAGAUGCUCAACAAAGUACGGCAAGUACUGGAAGAUGUACUGCAACAGAGUACCGUACAGGGUUGUUCCUGGUAUUUACUGAAUGGUGUGCUCUCCAACUCAUGAGGAGAAAGUAACUAAGCUGCUGAGGUGUUUCUCUCCCUCUUCAGCGGCCCUGGUACUAUCAGCAUUUGUGUUGUAACGAUGUCAUUAGCUUUGAUGCGUGCAGUGGUAGGUUGUAUGUACCCUUCACAUGGGCCGUUUGAUGCUCCGCUACUAUGAUAGGAGGAAUCGAGCGUAAUCUUCUUCUAGUGUGUAUUCAAGCUUUUUUGCAUGAUUUUAGUAGCUAGCACGGCAAUGAAAAUGAACUGCCAUGUUCUCUAGUUUUUAUUAAUAUUCUUAUUAUUGAGAGAGCUAUGUUCUCUAGGUUUUCUAUUUUUAGAGGGAGAUUCAUUGUUCUCUACUUUGACUUUGAAUACUCUUGCAGCAAGAGUAUAUUAAUUCAUAAACUAUUGUUAUGAUCGGAAAA